GCUGUUUCGAAAGGCAGUCCUGCUGGAUUUCCAUGGCGCUUGGUAUCAGUGGCAGUCGUAAUGGGACACAAAGUGACAGUUAAAAAUAAAUAAAUAAAUAAACACAGGUCAAAAAACAAGAAUAUAAUUAAGUUUACUACAACGUAGCUAAACACGUUUGUCAGUAUUUGAGAAACAUCAUUAGAAGAAUCCAAUGUCGGUUACAGAUUUGAAUUCUUUGUGACUGCACCAAUGGCAGUACAGGCUGGGAUUCAGGUGUGGUUUGGAGAAAGGUUUGACGUUCCUGUUCUGAGCCCUAGAAGUCCUUUGACUCCCAGACAUGGUCCAGGUUUGACGGAUGUUUUCCAGUAUGACCAGUGGCUUUCGGUGCGACAUGAAGCCACCCUGGUGCCCAUGCAGGAAGACUUGGCUAUUUGGCUGAGCGGCAUGCUGGAUCGAGAAGUAAAAGCAGACCGUUUCAUGGAGGAGCUGGAUAAUGGGGUCCUACUUUGUCAGCUGAUUGGGGUCCUUCAGCGCAAAGUACAAGAGUGCUGCAGGACAGACAAAUGGAAGCAUUUUCCCAUGAAGAAAGUCCCCUGCAAAACAGCUGCCCCUUCGGGUUCCUUCUUUGCUCGUGACAACACUGCUAAUUUCCUGUGCUGGUGCCGAAAUGUAGGUGUGGAUGAGACAUACCUCUUUGAAUCUGAGGGUUUGGUUUUACACAAGGAACCAAGGCAGGUGUGCCUUUGCCUGCUUGAAAUUGGAAGGGUUGUAUCCCAGUACGGUGUAGAUCCUCCAGUUCUAGUUACGCUGGAAAAGGAAAUUGAGUUGGAAGAAACGCUGCUCAUCACAACAGGACCGACUGCUCCUAUCAAAACUUUCAGUGUGUGCUGUAAUCAUGGGGACCUUCAUGAAGCCUCUUCUUCAGCUUUCCUUCUAAGCUUUCUUGGCAGUGAGAAAGAUGCCAAACAGACUGAAAAGGUCCAGAACAUUGCGGAAGACCCCCCUUGCAAUUGCUCUCACAGGUUUUCAAUUGAGUAUUUAUCUGAGGGCAGAUACAGACUGGGAGAUAAAAUUCUGUUCAUAAGGAUGUUACAUGGCAAGCAUGUGAUGGUACGAGUAGGUGGUGGGUGGGACACCCUUCAAGGCUUCCUGUUAAAGUAUGACCCCUGCCGGGUGUUACAGUUCACCACUCUCGAACAGAAAAUCCUUGCCUUUCAGAAAGGAGUCUCGGGUUCUCUUGACGUUCCACCAUCCCCGGUCAGGACUCCUCAGCCACCUACUAUGAACCCCUUAUCGGCAGUUAAUCUGCAGUCCAUGCCUUCUAAGCCUAGCUCUGCUGCUCCAGUACCCAAACUGACUACUAACAGAGCACCAACCCCAUCUAAAUGCCAACACUCCCCUGCAACAACACCACGCCUAGCGAAAAAACCACCACCACAAAGUAAGUCUCCACAGCCGCUCUCUACACUGACUGGGGGUCGACCCCAAGACUCCUCAUUCAAAAGCCCCUACUCUUCGGCCAGAAUACCUAUAACAUUAACAAAAAAGCUUGAAAGCCAGGCAAGGUGCCCCCAGUCACCUUUGACACACUCCCCAAUGGUGUCCAGGCUGAAGCCCUCAUCUAAAUGUGCAACACCCACAGCUUUAUCUAGGAGUCUGUCUGUUUGUUCAGAACCAUCUGCUAAAUGCCCCAAAACACCAACCAGGAAUCCAAGACCUUUCUCCAAAUUCACCUCCUCACCCCCCAAGUGCUACCCUGUACCCUCUGGAUCAAGGACACCUUCAGUUUGUUCAGAACCCAUUAAUUCACUGAUGUCGACUCCAAGAAUGCCAACUGAAAAGGAACCUGAAAAGCCCAAGCUACCUACGGCCAGCACAGUAUCACCAGCUUCCGUUCAUAGAAGACUUUCACAAAGACGGCCUGGGUCUCCUGCAGCAACGCUGAGGUUGAACACCAAAGGCGUUCAGCCCUCUGAACAACAUCCUUCUUCACCUAGGACUGGAAACGCCACCAAAUCAGAAACCCCUGCUAAAAACAGUCACACUUCCAGGCCAUCGCCUGCUUUAGGUCGUGCACCUCCCAAGUCUUCUGCAAAGAACCAGGCCCCAUCCUCUGGGACUACAAUCCCUAAGACUUCAGCUAAAGUACCGCUGUCCACUGAUAUAGUUGGUAAUCUACAACCCAAAAACCGUCCUUCUCCAAGGACCAUUCCAAAAACCACAAAAGCACCCAGAAUACCUACUACUAAUUCCAAUAUUUCUCAGAGGACACCAUUGUCUGUAGUUAAGAUUCCUCAAUCUGUAGCCAGAACUCCAGAGACUCCAGCACCCACAACACAGACAGCUGGUAAGACUGCAGCUUCUGCGAAGGGACCUCCAAAGUCUGGAAAAGCUCAAGGUUCAUCUAUAAAAAAGCCCUGUUCAAAUACAAAGGUUGCGCCUCCUGUAACAAGACAUCCUGCAGUGAAGACCAAAAGUAAAGAUGCCUACUUUGAAAUGAAUGGCAAGAAGAAGCAGAAAAAAUAAAAAUUAGUGUGGAGGUUCGAACAACACAAAUGAAAUGUGCUGCAACAUUUGCUUUGUCAAACCUGUAAAUAUGGUGCUAACUUUAAUGAACCAGUGCAGAAGAUGAACAUGCUUAAGGUCAAAUGGAAAGGUACACUGCAACAAUGAGCUGUUUAUUUAUUGGUAAACUUUGUUUAAUUCAAUAAAAUGUUAUUUGUUCAUUGUUAGUGAACUAUGUAUUUAUUGCACAAUACCAUGUAACCAAGAUUAUAAUUAUGGUAUAAUAAUCUACAGCAGGGGUAGGUAACCCUGGUUUUACCCAAGCCCUAAUUGAUUCAAUGAUUGGCUUGAUUGGUCAGAAUUACCAUGUGUUCCAGGUAUUUAGCAAUUGAUUUAAGAGAUGCUUACAAAAGGAUUGUGGAACUCCAGGACCAGGGUUGCCUACCUCUGAUCUACAGUAUAAUUCUAAUAAAGGGGGUUACAAUUUAUGUACUCUACUUAACUACUAACAAUAGUAUUACUGGUCCCUGUCAACAGAAUGUAUUUUGGUUCUUUGCAUAAUGACUUUAAUUCAUAACAGGUGGAUGUGUGAAAUACAAUCAUGUGCCUAAUCAUCAAUUAAACUUUAUAGAGGAGGCACUAGAUCAGGGGUACUCAAGUCUGGCCCUCGAGAUCCAAUCCAGUCCAAGUUUUUACUCCAAGUGGGUUCUAAUGUUGUUAAAUGAAGCUGUUAAGAGGCAACUAAGUAAUUUAGGACCUGGUUGGAAUAAAGACCAGGACUGGAAUAGAUCUCGAAGGCCAGAGUUGAGUACCAAUGCACUAGAUCUGGGGUAGUCAACCCUGGUCCUGGAGUGCCCCAAUCCUGCAGGUUUUGUAGGUAUCUCUUAAUCAUCAGUUGCUACAUACCUGGAACACAUGGUAAUUCUGACCAGUUAAGCCAAUCAUUGAAUCAAUUAGGGCUCGGGUAAAACAAAAACCACAAGUGUCUGUGGCACUCUAGGACCAGGGUUGCCACCCCUGCACUAGAUCAUGGAAAAGUAGAUUGGGCCUUCUAGUUGAUGUCUAGAAGUGUUACUACAUUAACUUCUUAGCGUGGGCAUGGUUCUUCUCAACAACGUUAUCUUUGUGCAGGUUGGUUUACAGUCUCUAUACCCCCUCCUCAUGCAAGGUAGAAUAGCUUUGUAUACUUCAAUAACCUGCAGUAGGGUAUAAAAAAAAAUGCAAUGUGGCAGGUUCUUUGGAAAUAUCUUUGUACUUUCAAUUGUAAUCUUCGCUAGGAAAUUAUGAUCAUUCAGCUGCACCACUUUACAACUCAAUUGCAGGAAGUUGAAUAGCGGAAAUGCAAGGAACAGGAAAUAGUAUACUUCUGUUCUGUAUGUUUAUUUUAUUAUAAUUUGCACUGACCCAGAUACCACUGAAGCAUUUCUAUAUACAUUUAGUUUAACAGAGAUAUGGGUUUUGUUUCUGUAGUUCCAGUGUCUUUGAAACCCCCACUAGUUUCUGUAUAACUAAAGGAAGUUGAGGGUGCCCUUCAGAUGGCUUUGCCAGUGCUCUCAAUCCAAGACUUUUUUUUGUCAUUUUUCUAUAGGGAUCUAUAGAUUUUGUUUAAGAGUGCUAUUAUAACAGUUUAGUUUUAAUCUCCAAAUUCUUGCUAACCUAAGAGAUACUCUGGUUGCUACAUUAAAUAGCAAUUAAACUUUGCUCCUCUCCAAGCUUCAAACCUUCCUUUACCAAAUAUCUUCUCCCAGUCAGAUUACACUACAUGAGGUGCAUCUGACAAUGU